AUGGGGAACGAAGGUUUCUCAUCUUAUACCGAGGAAGUGACUACUGCUGAGUACAGGAAUGACCUCUGUGGCAAGGAGAUAAUUCAGCAAAUUAUUGGCUGUGACUGGGAUGAAGAAACUAAUAAUACUCAUGGUCAUAUAAAGUACGGUAACAAUGGAGAAGACUUUAUCAUAUUAGACACAAAGACAGGGACUUGGAUUGCAACAGAUCCAAAGGCGGAGGUCAUAGCAGAGGAGUGGAAUGCAAACAAAGCCUUUUAUGAGAUUGCAAAGAACUGUCUCCAAAAUGUGUGCCUGCCAUUAUUACAUUUAGGUGUGCGAUAUGGAAAAUCCUAUCUGAGCAGAAAAGUUUUCUUUUCUACUCUCUCACUCCUCUCCUCUUGUCAUGCAACGGGUUUCUUCCCUAACAAAGCCAUGAUGUGUUCUGAGGAAAGUGGAGAGGAGAUUCAUGAAGGGGUAGAACAUGGAGACCUUCUUCCCAAUGAUGAUGGAUCCUUUCAGCUGAGUGUCCACCUGGAGGUUCUGGAAAUCCCACCUGAAGACUGGGGGAGAUACGAAUGCAUAUUUGAACUCUCUGGUGUGAAAAAUGAUGCCAUUACCAAACUGGACCAAGAUUCAAUCAGAAGCAACAAUCCCAAAAAUGAAGGUCUGUUAACGGCAACCAGCAUCGCUGUCAUUGCUAUGAUGGGAUGUGUUGUCAUCAUCCUCGCUGCUGCUUUAUCAUUCACAGCUUUCAAACUAAUGAAUGUGACAAACAUUAGUGACACAGACAGAUCUUCUACACUAUCCUCUGAAACAAUCUCUCUUCAAGAAAGUGAUGCAAAAUGCACUUCACCAUGAAGAAUGCUGGACAUGUGUCAUAUCCAAAUGUUCUGUUAACGGCACAUAAAAUCUACAGGAAAUUCCAGGAUCCUGUUAAAUGAAGAUAACUGUCAAUAAUUUAAAGGAGCACAUUUAACAUGCUAAAUGGUUUGGGUUUUAUAUCAUGUCUGAAAGUUUUGAAUAGCUCUAUUUAUGUUUACUCACAUUUUACAACUAUAUUGCACAAUAAUAUUUUUUUAAUUUGCAUCUGUCUUUCAUAAAGCAAACAAACGCAUACAUCAUAUAGGCUAAUGAACGUCUGUAUUUUUCUCUAUCAAAUAACAUCAGAGGCUAUCUUUGUAGAAGGUUCUACCAACAAAUGACAGAGAAAAAAUUCUUAGGUUUUCUCAGACUUAUCUACAAAUGAAAGGAAGAAAUUAAAAGUUCACUGAAACUAGAGAUCAGGUUCUGGUUUCUGAUUUAGCAAAGAGAUGCAAAAAAAUCAAGCCUGAGCCUGAACAACAUUCUAGAGUGUAAAGCAAACAGAAAUUUAUAUUUAAGCACUUUGCUGAAAAUAAGCAAGAUGAAUAACUAAAUGCCUUGUUAUUAAUAUUUUACCUUUUCUUAUUCUCCUGUGAAGUCGUGCUCCAACCUAUAAAAGGUCAAUGUUAAAUCAUCACACCAAGAAAAAGAAAUCUACAAACACCCCCUAAUUUUUUUCAUAUCUUAUUUCGAUGUUGAUUAUCAAAGUUAUUUAACCAAAUCAUUUUGUGUGAAGUUUUGAAAGAGAUAAACAUUUAAACAGUGUCAUGAGGAAAGACUUUAAACCAAUGAUUACUUUCAUGUCUUUUUUUGUCUAAGAAACUACUAAUAGAUUUGUGGGUUUUUUUUAUAUAAAUGGAUGUUUUUAAAAAAUAAAGCAUAACUGAA